AUGGAGGCGUUGGGGAGCGACUUCAGCAGUUGUUGCCUUCUCAACGGACCUCUCACUUCUUUUUAUGUUGAAGUUUUUAUUAACCAGGACAAGGCGAGUGCUGUUUUGCCCCGCUAUAGAAGGCACAAUACCGGGCUGUUAGAAGAAGUGUGGGAAGGGAACCUUGAGCGUGAGUGCAUGGAGGAAGUCUGUGUUUACGAGGAAGCAAGAGAAGUCUUUGAAAACGACGAGGAAACGAUCAAGUUUUGGAAGAAAUACACUGAUUGUGAUGAUUGCAAGUCAAAUCCCUGUAUGAAUGGAGGCCGGUGUGAAGAUCAAAUCAGUAGCUACCGAUGCCUGUGCCCACCUGGUUAUGAAGGAAAGAACUGUGAGUUAGACCACACUUGCUCGACAAACAAUGGAGGCUGCAAGCAGAUAUGUGAGAAUGGCCUGACAGGGACGGCAAUCUGUUCCUGUGCUCCUGGGUACAGACUGAAGGAUGACCAGAAGAGUUGUGAGCCGACAGUGCCCUUUCCGUGCGGAAGGAUUGCAGCUCCGGAGGCAGUGAACAGCGAACACGCCAGUGCUGGCAGAGAAGCGUCUAACGAUAGGCCUUGGGUUGUUCCCAUGGGACCAACCCCAAACCAAGGGCUUGUCCCUGUCAAUAACACAGACAGCAAGAAAGGGGAAGUUCCAUGGCAGGUUUAUAUGCUCAGCUAUGAGCGGAAAGGGUGGUGUGGAGGCACGAUCAUCAGUGAAAAGUGGGUAGUCACCGCAGCACACUGUCUUGAGCAUGGGCCUCACACUGUUGUGGCUGGUGACUUUAAUACGGAAGGUUUUGAUGGGACUGAACAACUCCGUCAGGUUGUAAAGGCAAUCCCCUACCCUACAUACAACUCUAGCAACAGGUACCACAACGACAUUGCCCUUCUCGAGCUGGAUUCACCACUGAAACUCAGCCAUUACAUCACACCGAUUUGCCUCGCGGGCAAAGAAUUCACAAACAGUCUUCUGAAGCGUGGAUCCGGCACAGUGAGUGGAUGGUGGAGGCUGGGGAGCCAGAGAAGAAGAGCAAACAUCCUCCAGGUUCUGAAGGUGCACCAGGUUGACCAGGCCACUUGUCUCAUGAAUAAUAGAUCCAGCAUCUUGCCAAACAUGUUCUGUGCUGCCCCCCUGGACACAGCUAUGGAAACACACCAGGGAGACAGUGGUGGCCCCUAUGCCAUAGACAUGAAAGGCACCUCGUUCCUGACAGCGGUAACCAGCUGUGGGGAGCAGUGUGAUGUGGACUUGACCCUUAGCUUCCAGACCAAACUUUCAAACUACAUCAAGUGGAUAGAAAGCGCUGUUACGUAUCAUAAUUAAGCCACAGGGAAGAUGCGUGCAAUUCCUAUAAAUUGCCCAGGGGCCAUCUGAUGGUGGUGUAAGGGAGAGGGAAUAUAAUAACUGCAAUGUCUGUUCUGAAAUAGAUUCAUAAAAUUAAACAAAACACAACACAUAAUUGAAAACUGUUCACAUAGGAAUUGCUAUUUAGAAGAGUAAGGGGAAUUAAACGUAGUAGAGACCAAUGGGUAGAGGGCUUGGAUGGCUUGGCUUGGUGAGGCCAAUAUUCAGUAUCUUUGCUGUGAGGCCCUCAGCAAGCCACAUCGGCUUCAGCUUGCUUCUAAAAGUACCUACCUCACAGGGUUGUUGUGAGCAGAAAGUGUUGGUCAGUGAAGCAUGCUGUGAGACUCACAGACAGGGUUUUUAGCAGAGAGAGUGAAACCUGAAGCAGAAGGGUUAAGCUGAAAGAACAGAGGGCCAGUUUUGCCAAGGUCAGAAGCUGGCUGGGAAGUAGAUAAGGGACAUCUUGCUGUGUCUCAGAGUGUGGGGGAAGGCUUCUGUGAAGAGAGAACUGUGUCUAAUGUCUUUGCCUAGUAAAGACUCUUACAAGAAA